AUGUGCGACUGUUUCAACCUGGGCUUCCCCAACUGGCAUGGCUCGCUGGGCACAGGGUCCGGACGAAGGCUGAAGGGACCAGAGCCUGACACGGCGGAUGAUUCAAUAUGUGAAGAGUCAUCUGAGUUUAUAGAGGGGGAGAGACCUCGCCCUCAAGGAUCCUCCCCUGUAGAUGAAUACCCUGAGACUGACAAAUACAAGGACAGUGAUAAACAGGGUGGAGGUGGGAGUGGCAAAAAAGGAAAGAGAGGUUUUGGGUCCCUGUUUGAAAAGCGCUCCCCUGCCAAGAUGAGUCAACUGGAGAGCCCAGAGUCAGGAGUGAUUGUGAAAAUGGCAAAAGAGACAUGUGCUGAGGGCCUCAUUGUAAGUGGAGGGAAGGAGGGAAUCUUCAUCAAAGAAGUGAGGCCAGAGUCACCAGCCUCAAAGCUUCUUAGUGUACAUGAGGGUGAUCAGAUACUCAGUGCCACUGUGUAUUUUGACGAUGUUACAUAUGAAGAUGCUCUACAGAUAUUGGAACAUGCCCAGCCUUACAAGAUGGAGUUACUUCUGAAACGCAAACCAAUAAAGACAUCCACACUUGAGAGUGAACCAGCCCUUGAAAUCAUCCAAGUGGAAGAAGGUUCCUCUCCGGAAAUGAGGGGACAUUCAAAGACAAAAAGGCAUGGUGACCGAAUAUCUUGGCCCAAGUUCCCCUCCUUCAGCAAAAGUCAAAAGUCCCAUUUUAAGAGGUCUCACAGUACUUCAGAGGCAGAUGAUAAGAGGAAGCUGGAGCUUAGCCCUACAACAAGUGACACAGAGUCGCCAAUAAAAUCUCAGGAGGCUGUCAAGGGCAAGACAAAGAAGCAUAAGAUAAAGUUAUCAAGCAUGAAGAUGAAGGGCCGCAAGAGCAUGUCUGUUGAACAGCCGGACCAGGACAUAGACAUACUAACUGUAGAACGUGUAGAGGGUAUGGAAAACCAACAGAGUCAAGAUGACAUACACUCACCAGAUGGUCUAGAGAGAGCAUCAGUAGAUAUAUCUCAAGUAUAUGUGUUAGAAUCAGAAUCUGAAAAAAUUGAACCCACCAAGAUAAGAAAUGAAUGCAUUAUUCCAGACCUGGCAGGCUCUGAAACGAAAAAACACAAGGUAGAACUCAUUAGUCUGGACAAAACUUUGAAAACCACAGACAUAACAGUUGCUCUUGCUGAUCAAGAAAGUCCCUCAACCAAGAAAUCUCCAGAGGGAAAGACAAAGAAGAAAGAGAAUAAAGAGAGGUCAGAACUAAAGUUUACAUUCAAGGGAAAUGAGAAAAAAGACAAACACAAGCAAAACAUACCAGUAAAAGUAUCACUAAAAAACCUGAAGACACCAAGAACAGAUAUGAUAACAUCUGAUCUGUCUGCACAUGACAAUACAUUGCUGAGCCCAACUGUAGUAUCACAUACUGAGCUGGAGGAGUGUCAACUCCCAAUUGAUAUCAACACUCAAGUAAUCAUCAAUGAGAGUUCAGGGAAAACCCUACCCUCCACUGAUAAGGAAAUGAGCACGCCAAAAGUAGACAUCUGCCUUGACAUGUCAGAUAUAGGAUUUAUCAGGAAAUCCCCUCAGAUUGGACAAGAACAACACUUGAAAGAAACAUAUGUUAAAACUGAUGUGAAUGCACAGGAAAUUAGCAUACAUGCUAAGGUCAUCAGUAUUACAAUGGAACCAGACUCACAGAUGGAAAUACAAGCUUCAAAGUUACCUACAGAGAGAAGCAUUGAUGAUGUUUUAGCACAAAUUGGUACAAGAUCUGCUCCCAAAUUCAAACUGCAGAGGGUGGACCCUGCUGACUUUUUUACUGACAAACCCAUAAAAAUGACAGAUGUGAAGAUUGUAGAAAAGGACGUGAAAGGCCUUACAGUUGAGGAUAAGGGGUUAAAGAUACUUCCAAGCCGUGAGGAUAUUGAGAUCCCAGGCAUAGAAGAUGCAUCAUUAACUAGCACCAAGGUCCCAGUGAUAAAACAGCCUAAAACAGCAUUCACUCUUCCUGUUGAAGAAAUCCAGGCGCAGACUGUACAGAUGGUUAUAGACGUUGAUAGAGUUAAAGAGGCUGUCUCCAAAUUGCCAGGGUUCAAGCUGCCGAAGGGUGACAUUGCAGGCCUGCCUGCUCAUCAACAAAUCACAAUGACAGACGUGAAUGCAGAAAGAGUAGAUGCCACCCUAUCUAAAAUCACAGACAUAAAGGCACAGUUGGACACGUAUGUCAAAAAGACUGACAUAAAUGCUUUACCAGAAAAGUUGAGCAGGAGCUCAGUUACCACAUUCAAAUUGCCAAAGACCCAACUUUUUGAUCUAGGUGCUCAUGAACCUAUUACUAUGACAGAAAUAGACCAUACAAAAACAAAACAGGAAGCUGGAAAGACCAAUGAGGAUGAAAUCCAAAUUGAACUCCAUAAACGAGAGAACAUAGAGAAAGCUGGAAUGGAAACUAUACAACAAAAAGGAACUCCCAACAAAGUGGAAAAGGAAAAAGAGACUGGUGAAAUUCUGGAGCCUAAGUUGGCAGUACCAGUACCUGAGGGGCCAACCAUCACAUCUGAGGAGAGAAAUCGUAUACCUGCCACUUACACUAAAGGAUUAGAUAAGAAGUCAAAGAAAGCAAAUAUUUCAAUGCCUAGGUUUGGAAUAACACAAACGGAUAUUAGAUUCUCAGACAUUGGGAUUGGACUACCAAAAAGAGACACCUCGGUGGAAAAGAAGGAUAAGGUCAAAGAUGAAAGCAAUGCAUUGCACCUUGAAAUUAAAAUGUCAGAGGCUGAAAUUAAACUCAGCAAAGUACCAGAUUCUGAAUAUUCCACUAUCAAAACUCAUGUGACAGACCUUCAAACACCUACAAUACGAACUUUAAGCUCAGAAACAAUGCCAGAGGUACCUUCAUCUGACAUUGAAGAAGCAGUUAUGGGCAUUGAUGUCCAAUCUGUUGAUGUCGGGAGAGGAGACAUCCAAAUACCGGAUGUUGAAGCCGAAGUACCCUCCGUUGAAGUUGAAAUACCAGAAACAGUUUAUAAAGAUAUUGAUGUGAAAAUGAAAAAACGACAGAUGUCAUUCCCCAAAUUUGGAGUUAAAGCCCCAGGGAUUGAUGUUGGUGUGCUAAAACCAGACAUCUCUCCUCCCGAGGGAAACAUGGAGGUCAAAUUGCCUGAGGUGGAAAUUGAAGUUCCAAAGCUUCAAGUGGAAGUGAAAGAUACAAGAUUUAAAAUCCCAACUUUAAAAUUCCCUAAAUUUGGAGCAGUUGCUCCAAUCGUCACAGUAGAGUUACCUGAUGUGGACAAGGAUAUCAAACUUCAUGGAACUGAAAGUCCAGAACCCAAGCUGUCAAUAUCAGGAAAAGUACAUGAAGUUGACUUUGAAAAACAGAGUGACUUUAAAAAAUCUAGUGUUAAGAUCCCAUCUAUAGAUGUGGAUGUGAAGACUAAAGGACUUGAACUGGAGGGGCAAGGAAGCAAGUUUAAACUGCCAAAUCAGGGAAUUUCAUUAACAAAAGUAAAAGGUCCUGAGAUAGAUUUAGGUGUAUCGAAGAAAGACAUAGAUGUCACUUUACCAGAGACCAACAUGGAGAUCCAACCACCUGAUGCUGAACUCAAAGUGUCUUCUGGUGAAGUUGAAAUGUCUGAGCGAGCUGCUACAGAGAUUGAUGUGAAAGUGAAAAAGACACGGAUUUCAUUUCCAGGGCUUGGAUUUUCAAAACCUGAAGUAUGUGAGGUUGAUGUCAGUCUUCCAAAGGUGAAUAUUUCUCUUCCACAAGGAAAUGUGGGGGUCAAAAAGUCAGAGGUGGAAAUGACAGCUCCAGAGAUUCAAGUUGAAAUGAAACAUGAUAUUGAGCUUGAGGGACAAGGAAGUAAGUUCAAACUACCCAAAUUUGGAAUCUCAAUGCCAAAGGUAAAAGGUCCUGAGAUUGAUUUAGGUUUAUCAAAGAAAGUCAUAGAUGUCACUUUACCAGAGGACAAAGUGGAGGUCCAACCAACUGAUGUUGAAAUCGAAGUGCCUUCUGGUCAAGUUCAAAUGCCAGAGGGAGCUGCUACAGAGAUUGAUGUGAAAAUGAAGAAGCCCCGGAUGUCAUUUGGAUGGUUUUCAAAACCAGAAGUGAAAGCACCGGAGGUUGAUGUCAGUCUUCCAAAGGGGGACAUUUCUCUUCCAGAGGUAAAGGUGGAGGUCAAAGAGUCAGAGGUGGAAAUUAAAUCUCCAGAAAUUCAAGUUGAAAUGAAACAUGGAAUUGAGCUUGAGGGACAAGGAAGUAAGUUCAAACUACCAAAAUUUGGAAUCUCAUUGCCGAAGGUUAAAGGUCCUGAAUUUGACUUAAGUAUCUCAAAGACAGAUGUAGAUGUCAACUUACCAGAGAGAAGAGCAGACCAUCUACCUGAUGUUGAAGUAGGAGUGCCCUCUGUUGAAGUUGAAAUACCAGAAGCAGUCUCUAAAGACAUUGAUGUGAAAUUGAAAAAGCCCAGAAUGUCUUUCCCCAAAUUUGGAUUUUCAAAACCAGAAGUUAAAGCACCCGAGGUUGAUGUCAGUCUUCCAGGGGUGGAUAUUUCUCUUCCAGAGGAAAGGGUUGAGGUCAAAGAGCCUGAGGUGGAAAUGGAAGCUCCAGAGAUUCAAAUUGAGGUGAAAGAUACCGUAGGCUCCCCUCAAGAUUCAAAAUGCCAACUUUAA